AUGAUGACCACUAUUCAAAUUCUACAAGAGUAUAUAUCCUGUAUUGUUGAGGAAGGGAUAACCCAAGCUCAUAUUGAAAUCGAUUCAAAAACAGGCGGCUAUUUAUACCUCUCCAUAAGAGACGAUGCAAAUGCUACGGAUUAUAAUGUAGAUGGAAGUAUUCUAGAAUCUAUUAAGUCUGAGAAAAGAUUGAAGAUCAUUUCGAAGGCUUCUCGAACUUAUAAUGUUAAAUUUGUUUAUAAAAAUAUUCAUGACCCAAUUUCUAAUGCAAUUGAGUUCUCAAAUGAAAAGAUUUUAAAGAUUGAGAAGAAAAGAACCAAUCCCAAGCAAGGCACCACCUUAUCAAUUGAGGUUAAUGUUGAUAAUAAAAAAAAUGGGAAACUUAAACAGAAAGUAAUUAAUAAUGAAAGGUACGUUCAAGAAAUUGUAAAUGGUCUAUCAUUAAUUUACAGAGACAUUCAAUUCCGGAUAUCUAAAGUGACCAUAGAUUCAAGGAAAAACAUCACUAGAAGAAGCGUCCUCAACACAUUUAGGCCAAAAGUUACAAUUGAAACUGCUUUCAAGUUAUUCUUUGAGUCAAAGUAUAAAUUAGUGUCAUUUCAUAUUCGUCAAUUUAAUGCUGAACUUAAUCACUACACUAAAGCUGAUAUACUGAUACCGAAAUUUAAUCAACAUGUGAAACCCAACCCUGAACUGGUCUCCAAAUUUAUAUCUAUCAAUAAUGUAAUUGUGACCUCCAAUGAUAUUAGAUUUCGUAAUAUCCAGAGUUUGUUAGAUGAACAAUUUAAGUUAAUGUCAUUACCAUUAGUUAAUAUUUGGUUUCUAAAGUUUAAUAUUCAGCAUGAAUCGGAAAAGGUUACACCAAUGUUUAAAGAGAUACUAGAAGCUCUAAAUAAAAGAAUUAAAAUACACUUAACAGAAUCAAAUCAUGAUUUGAGUAUUCAUUUCAAGAAUGCAGAAGAUACCAAGUUUUAUAAUUCUAAGUAUUCAAAGGUAUAUAAAAAGGUAAAGGAUCGAAGCUCAAGUAAUUCGACAAAAGUAACCUCGAUUAUAGGAAGUCAUUAUCAAAAUGACCCAGAGUUGGUUAUGCUGAAUAGUUUAGAUCCCCAAACCUCUACGAUAAGCAUAAAACAAGAGACAAUACAAGCUGAGGAUACAUUAAAUGAUGAUACUGCUAUAAACAGUUUAGUAAUUGAUAAUGUUGAACAAUAUUUACAGACCACUAAUAAAUCGAAAAAUAACUUAUUAGACGGUCAUGGUGGUAUUGAUGAAUUGAAUGAGAAUAUCUUAAUUAUUGAAGAUAAUUGUUGGAAUUACAAUUUCCUACACGAAGAUGAUAUUUGUCUAUUAAAUAGUUAUCAUGGAGUUGAAAACAGAUCUUCCUCGCCUUCACCUUCUGAAGAGAAAUCUAAUUUUAAUGAAGAUUUAGAACUCAAUAACGAUGUUAGAUUCUUGAAUCCAUUCUUAAUUGCAAAAUUAAGGAAAAAUACCAAGAAACUUAAUCAAACAAAAAUGAAAACUGUUGUUUACACUUCAAAACAAACAUCUAGGGAGGAUAAUGAAAAUAAAUGUAAUUAUUCUGAUGAUAAUGGAUCAUUCAAUUUUAUUGACGAUACAACAUUAGUUUAA